CAUGAAUCAAAACACUAAUGAACCAAUCAAUAUUGAUUUUUGGUUUCAAGAUCAGAUGCUUGUAAAGUUAGUUUAAUUACUUAUUCAAAAUGAUAUUCGGUAAUUUAAAUGGGUUGAAGGAUAAAAAAGUAAUAUCUUCAAGAAAGAUUUUUAAUUAUAUUUAAUGUUAAAUUCAAAAGAAGAGUUCAAGUCCGAAAUUAAUAAUUCUGAUCUGAUAAAAAAAAAUAAACUAUAAUUGAACGAACAACAUUUUUAAGAGUACAUAACACAACUCAUUUCCGAUUACAAAGAACUUUAGGAACACAAUACUCCAAAAACACUUAUUAAAAUUAGUGAUCAAAUCUUAGGGGAUAUGAAUGAAAACAAAAAAUAUAUUUUAAAUUUUGAAAUAAACUAAUAAGAAGCUAAUAUAGAAAAAAAUCGUAUGGAGCUUUUUUAAGACUUUAUUUAGAAUUAUAAAAAAGAUCAAUUUUAAUUAUUCAAAAAAAAAAGGCAAGCUUCCCUAAAAGAUGUUAAAGUAAAUAAAUUUCAUUUAAUUAAUUUUAGACUAAAUAAAUUUUACUUAUGAAAAGAUUAAAAAUAAAUAAGAAUAAGAACUCUUUAUUUUUUUUUCCUCAUAAAGUUAAGAAUUAAAAUUAUCAUUAAACUUAAGAAAUUAAUUAAAAUUAAUCACCUUUAAAGUUUAAUUUAUUAAAGAAUAUUAUGAGUAAAUAAUUCUUUCGCUUAUUAAAGAAAAUUGCUUCUUUGGAAACAGGGAAUAUAUUAGAGUAGGAGUUUUUUGAUAAAGAGAAAAACCCUAAUUUGGUUAAAUGGGCUAUUCUGAAAGAAUGGAAAAAAAAACCUGAAAAAUUAAUCUUAAAUCUAUAUGGUUAAGGUAUUAAGAUAGAUUAAGAGAAUUUUUUAGGGAAAAUUUUCGAUACAAUAUAAAAUGUAUCAGUUCCUCAAAAUCCAUAUUAAGAUUGUGAAUAGUGGGAGGAAAACAUCAAUCAACUUAUACAGGAUAUAAAGUGUAUAUAUUCAGGGGAAAACUAUGAGGAAAGAAAUUUAUGUGAAGUUGGUUAAUACUCUCAAAGUUAUUCAAUGAAACCAUUUUGA